UUAUUAAUUAUUAUUUUUUAUUUUAUUGUUCUUUUAUUUUAUUAUAUUUAUUUUUCCUGCCAAUCUCCUGCUCCACACUCCAGUAGUCCAGUAGAUGGCAGUAAUGCACCUAUAAGCUGGUUUUCCAACCUCCAAUAAAACACCAAAGAAGAAGAAGAAGUUUCUUCACUAAUCUUUUCAAUAUAUUCCUCUCAUUAUUUCGUGUUUGUUGUUAACCUAAAAAUGGUUGUAUUUAUUGCAUUAAUGUUUAAUAGACAGCAAAGGCUCUUCCCACCCAAAUACUGAAAAUAAAGACCAUUUCAUUUUGUGUGUAAUUGCAUUGCGCCGUUGCCUAGCUGGAGAGCUAGAGGGGGUGAUUGUGCUUCACGUUGUUCGGCGCGCUUUUGCCACCAGACUUCUCUCAGUGAAACCAGAGACCCGGCUGGGAGGAAGAGAGGAAGAGGAAGAGAAGAGGCUGCUCCGUAACCUAGCUGGGCUGGUUACCCCUGGAUACUAUCGCGACUAGCAACCGUUGCCGCGGACACAGUUGCCGGAGGACGUACACAGUGGAAGGUUCGCUUGCUAGUGGCGAGCUCCAUCUUUGACGACAGCACCAGAGGAGUGGAGUAAUGAGAGUGGGGGAGUGAAGGAGGCAGGUGUCCCAGUAGACCAUUGGCAGACAAGUGGGAGGCCAAGCAAGAAUGCUGGAGGCGGAUGCAGACCCAGCAGGUGCAGCAGUAGAGAGAGAAGGGGAGGCCGAGAUGGGGAGCGGAGACUUGAAGACUGAGGUGGUGCGGCUGUCUCUGGAGCUCCAGGAGGCCACAGAGGAGAAGCUACAGGCAGCCCGCUAUGGCCUGGUGGUGCUGGAGGAAAGUGCAGCUCUCAAGAUGAAACACAGGCAGCUGGAAGAGGAGCAUGAAGCCCUCAGAGGGGAGCUACAGCAGCUAAAAGAGGCAUUUGCAGAUUCUGUGAGCAGCCAGAAGCGUGCAGCUGCUGAUGGAGAGUGCCGGGAGGAGAACCUGAUACAGGAGACUGCCAGUAAGGAGGCUGCCAUGGCAACCCGCAUUGAGGAAGUCCAGGCAGAGCUCAAGCAAGCACGCCUUGCUCUGAGCAAUGCCCAUGCAGAGAUCGAUAGACUGGGGUCGGUCUCCAACCAGCUGAAGAAGGACUGUGAGUGUCUGGAUGCCGAAAAGGGCCAUCAGAGGGACGAGAUGAAGGAAUACAAAGUACGUGAGGUGCGGCAGUUGCAGGACAAUGCCGAGCUAGAAGAAGAGAACAUAUCUCUGCAAAAGCAGGUGUCUGUGCUCAAGGAAAACCAGGUUGAGUUCGAAUCGAUAAAGCUGGAGCUGACCCACAAGAACGAGGAGCAGGAGGAUGUGCGAGCUCAGAUGGACGAGGCAGAGAGGCUCAGGGAGAUAGCAGAGAAGCAGCUGGAUGAGGCCCUGGAAGCCCUGAAGGAGGAGAGGGAGCAGAAGAACUGCCUGCGGCGAGAGCUCUCCGCCCUGACCCUUAACCCCUUUGAUUCUGUGGCAAACCUGGAGCUCCACUUGGAUCAGCUGGAUGACAGCCAGGAAGAGGGCCAGGGGGGAGAGGGAGAAGGCGAGGGAGAGGAUCAGGACAGCGGCAUUAAUAAUGGUCCUGGAUCUGCUCCCGGUUCUGCUCGCCCUCCUCACUUGGGGGGCUCCAAAAGUAACGGCCUCAUCCAUCGCUACUCCACUCCACGCAGCAGUGACAUGUUCCUGCGCGCUCCAGCCUCUGGGCUGGUGUCGGACCUGCUGAGUGAGCUGCACUUUUCAGACAGCCAGAAACUAAAACAGCAACUCCUACAGGCAGAACGAGAGAAGUCCAGUCUGGUUAGCAAGGUGGAGGAACUGCAGAUGCAGCUGGUGAUGUCCAAACAGGCCUUCAGUCAGCAACAGGACAAGGUUGGAUCUCUCACCCAACAGCUAGAAGCCGUGCAAGGCAGCCUGCAGCAAAACCAGGAGGCAGACGACAGGGGAGAUGAGACGAGGAAUGGAGACGGUGGCAGUGCAGUCUUUGACUAUGAGGUGGACACCAAGAGCAAGGAGGUGCUGGAGGCACGCAUGCGUUCAGCCAGCGAAGAGCUUCUGAAGCUGCGAGAUGAACUGUCCCAGGCAGGAGCUCGUUAUAACACCCUGGAGCACAGAUACAAGCAGGAGAAGGAUCGGUGGAGGGCAGAGGCCCAGGAGUUGGCUGACAAGAUCCGCCAAUGCAUCAAGUCCAGCAAGCAGGACCAGGAGCGCAUCAGCGAGCUGGAGAAAGAGAUCGGAGCCACGCGGAAAGUGGCCAUAGAUUCAGAAGGGCACUUGAGCGUCGCUCAGGAAGAGCUGCUGGCUUUCUCUGAGGAGCUGUCCAACCUCUAUCACCACAUCUGCGUAUGCAACAACCUGACACCCAAACGAGUCACCCUGGACUAUUACCGCGAUGGCGCCAGGGCAAGCAUCGGAGGAGGUAGUGCACGAAGAUCCCACUACGUCUACCCGCAGCACAACUCCCAGAAGAAGCCGCGGGCCAAUGACAUGUUCAGCUCCAAAGCUUCAGCGUUGCAGUUUAUGGGGGAGGUGGACAGUGCAGGAGCCAGCGGAGACUCUCCUACUAGCCCGGGAUCCCCCACCCUGGAUUUCAGGGACCCUUCAAACGUCCGCAACUUGGUAGCAGUCAUCCGUUGCCAGAUCAAACACCUCCGGGUGGCGGUGGACCUGUGUCGUCAGAGGGGCGCGAUGCCUUACUCAGGGUUCAGCAGCAGCGGGGAGUCAGAGCGGGAUGCUGAAAACCUCAUGGAAGAAGUACUAAAACUCAAGUCCCUUCUCAGCACCAAGAGAGAGCAGAUUGCUACCCUCAGGACUGUCCUCAAGGCUAACAAACAGGUCCUAACCAAAGAGAGGAGUUCUUCACUAUUAUCCACACAUAAUCUUGACACUGCAGAGUUGGCCCUGUCCAAUUUGAAAACCAAGUACGAGACGGAGAAGAGCAUGGUGUCAGAAACCAUGACGAAACUGCGGAACGAGCUCAAAGCCUUGAAGGAGGACGCCGCCACCUUCUCUUCACUGCGAGUCAUGUUUGCCAGUCGGUGUGACCAGUAUGUCACCCAGUUGGAUGAGAUGCAGAGGCAGCUGGCAGCGGCCGAGGACGAGAAGAAGACACUGAAUUCUCUGCUGCGUAUGGCCAUACAGCAGAAGCUGGCUCUCACUCAGCGUCUGGAGGACCUGGAGGUCCCACUGUCUCCCCACAGCUUGAACAGCAGCCCCCGCCGCUCCCGGGCGAAAGAGCUCGCCGUCAAGUCAGGCCGGGCUCCACGGAGCCCCCGAAGCAGCCCUGCGCGCCCCCCGCUGAGAAGCAGUCCACGGGCCAGCCCCGUCCUCGGCGUUUCCGCGAUGGCUACGCACCACCUGCGAGGUUUAACCCGAAGUCUCCACACAAGCCCCCGCUGAAACACUCCUUCCAUUACUCCAAACCCCCUCUUCUCCAUAAGGACCUGUCUUCAUGUUGACUCCCGGCUCCCUCCUCCUCCUAUCCUGACUCGAGACAUCCUCUCCAUCCCAGAUAUGACGCAACAUUCCCCCGUCUACCCACACGCACCAUGGAGUUAAAAAAAAGUUGAGAAAAAAGAAAAAAAAAAGAGUCUCUCAUCCCACCCUCUUGGUUUUCUCUGCUCGGAGUAGAGAAACCUGCAUGCA